GCCUCCGUGUAGCCCCUGAUGCUUGAAUGAACGCGGCAGGAAAAUGCUCCCUGGAGUGGGCGUGUUUGGAACAGGCAGCACCGCCCGGGUCCUCGUACCCUUGCUCAGAGCAGAAGGUUUCUCCGUCGAAGCACUUUGGGGAAAGACUGAGGAGGAAGCCAAGCAGCUGGCGGAGGAAAUGAACAUCUCCUUCUACACGAGUCGCACCGAUGACGUCUUGCUGCACCAGGACGUAGAUUUGGUUUGCAUCAAUAUCCCUCCGCCACUAACUCGGCAAAUUGCUGUGAAGGCUCUAGGAAUAGGGAAGAAUGUGAUCUGUGAGAAAGCUGCUACCUCUGUGGAUGCCUUCAGGAUGGUCACAGCUGCCAGGUAUUACCCCAAGCUGAUGAGCAUCGUUGGCAACGUCCUCCGUUUCUUGCCCGCCUUUGUGAAGAUGAAGCAGCUGAUAGACGAGCGCUACGUGGGCAACGUGAUGAUCUGCGACGUCCGAGUUUACGGGGGAAGCCUGCUCAGCCACAAGUACAACUGGAUCUGCGACGAGCUGAUGGGAGGAGGCGGGCUGCACACCGUGGGCACCUACAUCAUCGACCUCCUCACUCACCUCAUCGGCAGGAGAGCGCAGAAGGUCCACGGUUUGCUCAAGACCUUUGUGAAGCAGAACACGGCGAUCAGCGGGAUCCGCCACGUCACUAGCGACGACUUCUGCUUCUUCCAGAUGCUGAUGAGCGAAGGCGUCUGCUGCACCGUGACUCUCAACUUCAACAUGCCCGGGUCGUUCGUCCACGAGGUGAUAUCCGGUCGCCUCGUGGCUCGCGGCACGGACUUGUACGGGCAGAAGAACACCGCGCCCCAAGAAGAGCUGCUCUUUACGGACUCUCUGACUGUCAACAAGGGCCUUUUGGAGAAGGGGUUUAAAGACAUCCCGCUGCUUUACCUAAAAGGGAUGGUGUACAUGGUGCAAGCGCUGCGGCAGUCUUUCCAGGACCAGGAAGACCGUCGGACGUGGGAUCACAAACCCGUCUCGAUGGCAGCCUCUUUCGAAGAUGGGCUGUACAUGCAGAGCGUGGUGGAGGCCAUCAAGAAAUCCAGCAGGUCGGGGGAGUGGGAGGCUGUGGAGAUGAUGACCGAGGAGCCGGAUGCCAAUCAGAACCUCUGCGAGGCGCUUCAGAGAAAUAACUUAUGAACAGUCCUGCUUCGGGAGAUAGGACAGCGGACGCU